AUGGACAUGCAGAUUGGAAGUGACCUCUGCUUCCCACAUCUCUUCAACACCUCCUGCAAGAAACCUACAUCUUCUUGGACUGAAAGUGUGCUCUUUCACACCAUUCUGUCCAUCAUCUCUCUACUCACUGUGGCUCUCAACCUGCUCGUCAUCAUCUCCAUCUCUCACUUCAGGAAGCUCCACACAACCACUAACAUCCUACUUCUCUCUCUGGCUGUGUCAGAUUUCCUUGUGGGGCUCCUGUUGAUGCCCAGAGAAAUCAUGCGAAACACAGCUUGUUGGCUUUAUGGCGACCUCAUCUGUUCCUUGUAUAAUUAUGUAUGCUACAUCAUCACCUCUGCUUCAGUUGGUGACAUGGUGCUCAUAUCAGUGGACCGCUAUCUGGCUAUCUGUGACCCUCUCCAUUACCCAUUUAUAGUCACUGUUAGAAGAGUUAAAGUAUGUGUCUGUCUUUGCUGGCUUGGCUCUGUUCUGUACAACAGUGUUAUUGUAAAUACUGACUUUACUCAGGCAGGGCAACAUAAUUCCUGCUAUGGAGAAUGUGUGAUUGUAGUUGACUACAUUGUGGGAACAUUUGAUCUUAUAAUAACUUUUUUUACUCCUCUUACAGUCAUCAUAGUCCUGUACAUAAGAGUAUUCAUGGUAGCUGUGUCUCAAGCUCGUGCCAUGCGCUCUCACAUUACAGUAAUCACUCUGCAGCAUUCGAUGACUCUGACGAGAAAAUCGGAGCUAAAAGCAGCUAGGACCCUCGGGGUUCUAAUAAUUGUGUUCCUCAUAUGUUUCUGUCCAUAUUACUGUGUCAUCCUAGCAGGUAAUGACUUGCUCACGGACCCAUAUGCAUCCAACGUGAUUUUUCUGUUUUAUUUCAACUCAAGUCUAAACCCUGUGAUUUAUGCAUUGUUUUAUCCCUGGUUUAGGAGAGCUAUCAAACUCAUCAUCACUUUUCAGAUACUGGAGCCUGGCUCCUGUGAGGCCAGCAUACAGUAA